CAUUCGAGAAGCCUUCUUGCUCUUUUUUGGACUGUGGUGGUUUCAUUGGACGAUCACACAGUGGAGCUCAGUGGUUCCGUGCUUCCGAUCAUGAAACCAAACGUUCGUACUCCAACUCUUCUUGGCACAAAAACGCGAAAGACUGUCAUCUACAUCACCCAAAACCGGCACAACCAUGUUGGUCAAAGCUCAGCAGCAGCAACGCCCCCGGGUUGAUCGCCAUCGCCAUCGCAACAGUGAGCGACGACAGCGUUUGGAUUCCGAAGACUCGAGAAUGGCCGAAUCAAUGCUGAAUCUGUUCAGGGAACACCGAAGACGAGCGCAGCUUCGAAACCAGCAAGUUCUCCCUGACAUCAUUGCAAGUGGCCCUGGAAGCACAGUCUGGAAACGCAGCCCUCAAAGAUGCCAUGGCUGUGUGGUGUAUCAAGACACCCAAGCUCCGCAUCGAUUGCUUCAUGUGAUUCCGGACGAUGACGAUGCCGACCAUAACCGGGAUUGCGCGAUGACGAGAACCCAUCAAUCCACAGCUAGUAGCCACAGCAACGAGGGUCAUUCGUACAGAGGCAAGGCUCUCCGGCGCCCGGCUCCUCUUGGGUAUGUGGGUAUCCCAUUGCCCGUAGCUCCCAGUCUACCAGCUUCCGAACAGCAACGAUCACGCUACCUGGUGCGUCCUCGCUUUCCCACGGUCCAGUGAUGAUCUUUCGGGGAAAAUACGACGACGCAAGGGCUCUAGUCUACGGUAUUAGUCUAGGUGAACAUCAGAAAGAAGUUCUAUUAUCCGCCAUUCUAUUCAAUUCUAUAUUAUGCAUGUCCAAAAGUACACUACACGAACAAUACAAUACGCAAAAAAGCAUAGAGAUAAUUAUCCCCGCCACAUCAUGCCAACGUAAACGAUAUUACAGGGUAUUCUUUUAAAAUAGUCCCCACAUUACGAU